UUUAUUCAAUAUGCACACGUAUUUAAUCCUAUUAUGUUUUUCAACAUAUUUUGUUGGAAUUAAUGCUGCUAUAGACCCAUUGGACGUUGUUGAGAGUGUCAAAUUUUAUCUGUACACUAAACAAAAUCCGGAUGAUCCACAAAUAAUCAAUGCAAAUGAUGAAAAUUCAAUUAGAUCCUCGAAUUACAAUUCUUCGCAUCAGACCAAGUUCAUUAUUCAUGGUUUUCUUUCGUCUCACUUGACAACUCCAAAUCGUCCGAUAAGAGAGGCUUAUUUUGCAACGGGAAGCUAUAAUAUUAUUGCUGUUGAUUGGAGCAAGUAUGCCUAUAUGCCGUAUAUAUCAGUCGCAUCGAAAGUAUUACCUGAUGUAGCCGUUUCAGUAGCAAAAUUAAUUGAUUUUUUACACAUCAAAUUUGAAUUGAAUUUUAAUGAAUUGGUUGUAAUUGGACAUAGUUUGGGAGCACAUGUUGCUGGUUUUACAGGCAAACAAGUUAAGCUUGGUAAAAUCGAAGCUAUCGUUGGAAUUGAUCCGGCUCGGCCAUUUAUCGAUGUUGAUGAUCCAUCUCAAACUUUGACAAAAACCGAUGCCAAUUAUGUUGUUACUAUCCAUGCUACAAUUGGACGACAAGGUGUCAUUGAACCUGUAGGGCAUACUUCCUUUUAUCCAAAUUGGGGUCGGACUCUCGAAAGCUGUGCUAUUGACAUUUUUGGCUUUUGUCCACACCUACGAGCAAAUUUGAUUUAUGCAGCUGGAGUGAGAGGUUAUUCAUUUGCACCCAUAUAUCAGUGUAGCUCAUUUGAUGAAAUUCUACAAGAAACUGGUUGCAAUAAAGAAGUUGAUAUACAAGUUGGGGACCCCUUGAUUGUGAAAAGAUUACCGGGAAUCUUUUAUUUCGAUAUUAAGGAUAGUAACGUCCUAUCAAUUUUUAUUUAAUUAUCAUCAUU